CUACAUAACAAUAUAAUUAAGCGAGACAAACAAAUUAAAUACAUAGAAUACUCCUUGGGAAGGCCUCGCUUGUCUCUUUCUAAGGAUGUUUACCGCUGUACUCGUCCUACACGUCUCUCUCUCUCCCCCUCACAGUUGCAGGCUCAUGCAGAUGAGAGAGAAACAGACAAACUGCAGAUGAGGAGAAUGAUUAUAUGAUUAUUGUAUUCAAUCAGCGUAGAUGCAAUUUGUCCUUGUUUCUGUCUGCUACUAUAGAUCCAGCAUAUAUAUAAGAUGCCUCGCUAGAAAUUAAGCAUGCAAAAUAUCAUAAUGCAAUCCAAGUUCGUUGAGGAAUUCGGACAAGACGAUCAGCACUUCCAAGCCCACAGUCCUAGCCCCCUCCAUACGUCGUCGUCUAAGAAGAAACGCAAUCUCCCUGGAAAUCCAGAUCCUGAUGCAGAAGUUGUGGCCUUAUCCCCGAGAACUCUAAUGGCGACAAACCGUUACAUCUGCGAAGUGUGCCACAAAGGAUUCCAACGAGAUCAGAAUCUGCAGCUGCACAGGAGAGGCCACAACCUUCCAUGGAAGCUGAAGCAAAGGCCCACUUCCACACAACCCAAGAAGCGGGUCUACGUCUGCCCGGAGCCCAACUGCGUGCACCACAACCCCACCCGCGCCCUCGGCGACCUCACCGGAAUCAAGAAGCACUACUGCAGGAAGCACGGCGACAAGAAGUGGAAGUGCGACAAGUGCUCCAAACGCUACGCCGUCCAGUCCGACUGGAAGGCGCACGCCAAGAUCUGCGGCACCCGCGAGUACCGCUGCGACUGUGGCACCAUCUUCUCGCGGAAGGACAGUUUCGUCACUCACAGAGCCUUCUGCGACGCCUUGAGCGAGGACAACCACACCGUUGCUGGAGCAAUGCUGCAGCAGACCCAUGCUCAACAACUCUUGUCUGAUUCUGUGGAUUUAUGUGCUGUAAACACGCCAUUGUCGUUGAGCUCGCAUGGGAUGAUGAUGGCUGCCGCCGCCGGCACUUUGGAUCCAUUUUACAGUGCAAGAGCCUCCAUUGGAGGACUGACCACUCCUCCUUUAGCGCUAGCUAGCUCUGCUUAUACAUCAGCAACUGCAUUGCUGCAGAGGGCUGCAGAAAUGGGCUCCAAAACCAGUGACGCUACUUGCCUUUCUCCAAUUAUUCUCAGAGGAUUCACAGGCUACCUCACUCAAACCAGGAACAAGGCCUCUUCUGCAGCUGCUUUCAACGCCCAAACAUCUACUGCUUCCAGUGGAAUGCAUACCACAAAUAUGGACGCUGCAGAGAUGGGCUCAUACGAUCUUUCGGUUUUUAUGGAUUCAUCAGGUGGCGGCAACUCCACCGGACUAGAUCUCUGUGAGCAUGAGAAGAUGACCGUCGAUUUCUUAGGAGUGGCGCCUCCAACUUUUUCCGGUAGAACAGAAUAUGGAGACGAGAGGCAGAGCUUACAGGAUAUGCAUUCCCAAUCCCAGUGGUAGUUUAAUCAAGAAAGAUGACAUCAAACAUGAUAUAUAUCGUAUUGAAAAUCCAUGUCCAUGAAAAGUUAGGAAUCCUAAUCAAAUCCGAUAAUUGUCCUAUUCUAGUUCUAGCAGUAGGUACACGAACACAAUGAUGAUUUAUCCAAACGACAACGCAAGGAAGAAAGAUUCACAGUCUUACUUGCUUGCUAAACUGUGACGGAUGGUUGUAAUAGCAAGCAACAAUAAUAAAGAAAACAUAGCAUCAUAUUCAUAG